AUGGUUGGAAGUAACUACGUGUGGCCCAAGUCUAUGAAGGCCCUUUUCCAAUCCGAUCCAGCGGUUCUCAUGCCGGCUUGUCCUUUCAGACGUCCAGCGGAGGGUUCAUUCAUCUUCUCAGUUGAUGACCACCUCCUCGCGGAUAUAUCGAAGGCUAGCUCCGCAGCGAGACAUGCUGCAGACCCAGGCCCUUCCUCUCUUCAUAGGAAGGGUACAGAACGUUCUAGGAGUCCACGUCGCCAAUCUCGUCGAGGCAGUCCAUCCCGACGUAGAAAAUCAAGGAGCCCUACCAGGCGUAGAUUCGACUCUGUUCCUCGCCACCAACCAUCUAGACGCUCUCCAGAAAGAUCUCGGCGUCGAUCUAGAAGCCCCGGAAGAUCUCGCCGGCGUUCCAAGAGUCCAGACAGGCGUCGAUUCUCUCCUACUCCUCCUAGACGCCAAAGGGCAGAGGAUCAACCAAGACAUUCCAACUACGAAAACGUUGCGUCCCCGAGACAACGUGACACUUCACAAGGAUUCGAUAAUCGUAGAACACGUUUUGACAACUCCCCAGAAAGGCCUCGAGAGCCUCCUCUCCUCAACCGCAUCGAUUCGUCUAUCUUCAACAGAAUCAAUACGGACAGGAUGCCCAUUGUUGACAAAGGGAAACGACACCGUGUCUCCUCCUCGCCAGAACACGGUUCAACGUCAAAUGUCGAGAAAGUGUUCAAAAAGUUUGUGGCAUCUGCCAACAAGGCGCCCAAAAAGUUGGCUUUUCAGACAGUCGAAUCUUCAGAACACGAUCAACACACGGAUCCCCUCGUUAGAGAAAUCAAAAGGAUCAAAGCCGAAUACAAAGAAGAUAUUAAACGUGCCGCCGACUUAUUUGAAGCAUGUUCAGCAAAACCCAAUCAGUGGCCUUCAUCUCAGUCAAGAGACCUGUUGGAGUACAAAUAUGUGGAUCUGGAAAAAGUUUAUGCAGAACUCUACGGGAAACCCGGUGCAAUCAAAACAAUCAAGAUCAACGAGUCGAAAGACCUCGAAUUCGACGAGAAGAUUAAGGGGGUUCCAAUACAAGACAAAACCCAUUGGUUACACCUUAUCGACAUCUUGGACAACGCUUAUUGCACUGCCUUUGCACCUGCACUCCAUAAGAUUAAGGAUUACUUCAAAUACAUCAUCGAGUUUGUUAGCGACCCAUCAACGGGAAUCCAUUGGAAAGACGUUCGAGACUUUGAUUCGGCGUUACGCCUUCAAUUCUCUCGUCAGACCAACAUUCCAUUUGGCGAUUUUUCCAACCCAAAACUCAAAUACUUGGAGAGCAAAAUUCUUUACGGCAGAUUCAGCCGGUUGGGCAAUGGCGCGGAAGUCAUCAAAGACCAACCUUUACACACCAAAUCUUCCACAUCUAAAACGUCCACCACCUCAUACCAGAAACCAAAACCAAAACCGGCACCAAAGAAAACCAAAUCCAGGAUCGACUUCCCGUACGAGAUCAAGGAUUCUGCCUCUUGGAGGCUCAGCGACACUCCUUGUAAUAACUGGAACACUAGUAUGUGCAAAAAGUCAGACGAUGAAUGCAGCAGACGACAUAACUUAUGCAACAAAGUGGGAUGCGAUGCCGAUCAUCGAGGACGCAUCGCACACGCAUAA